AUGCGAUUCCGAACACAAAUAAGAGACAGCAGGACCUUCUCCAAGCUCACCGCGUCGCUGUCCUCGCUAGGCAAGGUAUGUUGGAUGCGCCUGGAGCACGAAGUCAUCCGCUUCACCAUCAUACCUGACCAAGGCACACAAGUGUGGGCGUCAAUACCGGUCGAAACCAUUUUCGAUGACUCGACCUACGAGCUACAGUCCAAUUCCGACGCCAUCAACAUCGAAGUCAACAUCAGCGUCCUAAAUCGAGCCCUGCGCUCCGCCUGGGGCUCAACACAUACACAGCUCCGCCUAACUAAAAAGGACAAAAUUCCCCUCUUGGCACUAACAGUCCUCGCAUCAGAAUGGACAGAGGGAAACAUGGCCUUGGCCACCAAUAAUGACACAGAUGGCUUUGGCGACGACCCAAAUCCAGACGCAGCUCCAGCCGAUACGACGGGCGAUCGGGGACCACGCGAGCGCCAGACAUGGAUUACGCAAGAAAUCCCGAUCAAGAUCCUCAACGAGGCAGCAGUCGAAGGCCUGCACGAGCCGCACUGUCCAGACCCCGAAGUGCACAUUAUCCUACCCAAUCUAGCGCAGUUGAAGAGUAUCUCCGAUCGCUUCACGAAACUCGCAUCUACAGAUAGCAAAGGUCGAAAGCCGGGUGUGAUGGCGCCCGAUGCACCGGGGAUGCACUCUGUUUCUUUCGGCGGGCCGGGCGCUAGCACAGCUGCGACGGCACUGUCCACCAACUCAUCUCCCAAGCUUGAAUUAUCUGCUAAUAUGCAUGGCUCGCUACGGUUGGCUAUUGCUACGGACGAGCUGCGCAUCGCGAGUGUCUGGUCUGAUCUCGUGAACCCGCCGUUGGACCCUGCGCAGAUGAGCCAGGAGCAGAUCAGCCAGCUUCCCAGUGAGCUUAAUCGGAGGCGGGAGGCGAGUGAGGGAUCUGAGUCUGGUUGGGCUAAGGUGCGGAUUGAUGGAAAGGAUUGGAGUCGGGUGCUUAGUAUUGGGAGGCUUAGUCCCAAGGUUGUCGCCUGCUUCGUCAAUGAGAUGGCACUAGUUUUAUACGUUUAUCUGCCAGGUAAUGGACAGGGGGAAGAAUCUUGUUUAACGUAUUAUAUUAAUUCCUUCACCACAUGA